AUGUCGCAACCAAAAGGCACAUCUAAAUCUUCGAAUUCGGACGGCCUCAAGCUCACCGUUCCAACUGUAACUUAUGCGCAAACUCUUCGGCGACUUCAAGUUAUACAGAAUCACCUCUCUUUACCCCGACAAGGACGCCUCAAGGACAAAGUCUGCAUCAUCACCGGCGUGGGAUCCCUGAAAGGAAUCGGUCGUGCUACAGCUCUCCUAUUUGCGCAUCAAGGAGCAAAGGCGCUUUACUUGCUUGAUUUCGACGGAACCAACCUCCCUAAUUUAAAAGAGACGAUUGAAAAGUCUUACCCAGAUGUCCAUGUCGCUGUCAUCGAAGGAGAUGCUGCGGACGACGCUACCAUUUCGAAUUUGGUUUCCAGGGCAUUAUCAGAGCAAGGAAGAUUGGACGUGUUCUUUGCCAAUGCCGGAGUUGCUUCCGGUAAACCGUCGAUCACAGCAAUUUCAGAUGACGAAUGGGACCAAAUGAUGCACAUCAACACGACCUCUUGCUUCCUUGCAGUCAAGUAUGCCGCCCCUGCGAUGAUGAAGACGAGCUUGGAAGGCGGAACUCCGAAAGAGGACUCGAAUGGUAGUAUCCUCCUGACUGCAUCCGUAGCGGGCUUGAGGUCUGGAGCCGGGCCAAUUCAUUGUAAGUCCUCCCGCUUCUGA